AUGUUCAUUGGGUCACUCGAGCCGGCAGAACUUGCUGGACAACACCAGUUCGUGACAGGAAUGAAGGAAAAUUUCGUUGACAAUCGUCCGAGUCAUUCAACGGAUCGUGACAAGAAAAUUCGAACCAAACAUGCAAUGAGCGAUGUAGGAGGAAAGACAACUUCGCAGGAUAUGAGGGUGGAUCGCUGGUUUCUAACGAGAUUUUCAAUCGACAACGCAUACGGGGGACUUUGUGAAGAGUUCAUCUCACUGGAUGGAGGUCCGAGCGCUUGGGAACAGCAAACUGGAAGGGGUAACCCGUUCAUCGCCACACCGUUUGGUGGAAAUGCAAAUCGACAGCUUAAGAUCAAUGCACAGCGUAUUGGGCCGCUCUUCCAUGGUCAAUAUCUGGCGAGUGAGGGACCCACGGUGAGCAGCGUGUUCGACUUUUGGUGUAUGGUUUGGCAGGAGAACGUUGAGCGUAUCUUAUCGGUGAACUUCCCAUAUGAAGAACGCCUCUAUCCUUCAAUGUAUGAUCCCUCGAAAGAAACUAUUCAGUACUGGCCCACUGAAAUUGGAGAGACAGUUGUCUAUAUGCCAUUUAAGGUCACGUGCGUCAACACACGAAUGAUGAUAUCGCCAGGUAUCUUAGCCGUGACGCCUAAUGAAAUGGUUUAUCGGGUGACUCAUUUACGGAUUUCUUACUCAAAUCCUAUUGGUGCUCCUCAACCAGACCGAGAUCUUGUACAUAUGUGCUACUACCGAUGGCCCGACGGCGGUCUCCCAAUACCAUGGCCCAUAACAAUGUCAUAUGCGACCACCGCGUUGCGAAUCAUUGACAUCGUCGACAGGGAGUUGCCACCGUCGACAUCGUCGCUGCUGGUACACUGCCAUGCUGGACUGGGCCGCACGGGUGUUUUCAUUGCACUCGAUGUUGCAUUGCGGCAGUUGUAUCAGAACAAUACAGUUAAUAUCAGGGGCGUUGUUGAAAAACUUCGUGAAAAACGUGCGCGAGCGGUAAUGAACCCAUGGCAAUACGCGUACAUAAACGCCGUCGUGGCCGAGAAGGCUCUUCAGUGUGGAGUUCUGUCGCCGUGUUUGGGUGGGCACAGUGUUCGACACCUCAUCGACCGAUUAUGGAAGGAUCUCUUCGAUGAAGUUCAUCGUCAGUUUCAAGGAAACAUGCUGACGUACACUCCAGAAUUGCUGUGUGUGUGCUGA